AUGUCGGACUCCAAGGAUAAGGGCAAGGCCCCCAAGCGUCGUGAGGAUGACGCCGAAGAUGCCGGCGCAGAUACUAGCCCAGACAGCAGCAAGGCUACCUCCUCUAGCGGCGCAACGAAGAAAAUUCCCGCGAAGAUGCUGGAAUCAGUCCUCGAAUCGAACCCGGCUCUGAAGAACGAACUCGCAAACAUGGACCAGGAAACGGCGACGAAGACCCUUGCGAACAUCGACAUCGCGCAACUGUUGACGGGCCUCUCACUUGGCAGUGGAAAGAAUCAGAAGGAUAUGGCCUCGUACAAGUUCUGGCAGACACAGCCUGUUCCACGUUUCGAUGAUCAAGCGAACCCGACUCCUAGCAAUCAAGGACCGAUCAAGAUGAUUGACCCGGAGAAGGUCUCGAAGACACCCGAUCCAUUGCUGGAGGGCUUUGAGUGGUGCACCCUUGAUUUGACGAACGAGUCUGAGCUUCGAGAACUCUACGAGCUGUUGAACAAUCACUACGUGGAGGAUGAUAAUGCCAUGUUCCGAUUCGCCUACUCGGAGUCGUUCUUGCACUGGGCCCUGAUGUCUCCGGGCUGGAAGAAGGAAUGGCACGUCGGUGUCCGGGCGACCAAGUCUCGUAAAUUGGUAGCGUCGAUCUGCGGUGUUCCGACGGAAAUCCGUGUCCGCGGAGAGCGCAUUAAGGUGACCGAAAUUAACUUCCUCUGCAUCCACAAGAAGUUGCGUGCCAAGCGAUUGGCACCCGUUCUCAUCAAGGAGAUUACUCGUCGUUGCUAUGUCAAUGGCAUUUUCCAGGCUAUCUACACUGGUGGUGUGAUCCUGCCUACCCCCGUCAGCUCUUGCCGAUACUACCAUCGUGCGCUGGACUGGCUGAAGCUGUUUGAGGUCGGCUUCUCGCCUCUGCCGCAUGGCUCGACCAAGGCGCGCCAGAUCACCAGGAACCAACUUCCCACGACUACCUCAAUUCCUGGCCUGCGGCCAAUGGAGUCCAAAGAUGUUGAUGCGGUCCAUGAACUUCUGGAGCGGUAUCUGCUCCGCUUCGACAUGAACCAAGCUUUCACCCGGGAAGAGAUCGACCAUUGGCUGGUGUAUAAGCCGCAGCCUGGCAAGGAACAAGUCGUUUGGGCAUAUGUGGUGGAGGACCCCGAGACCAAGAAGAUCACCGAUUUCGUCUCCUUUUACAACUUGGAGUCGACUGUCAUUGAUAAUGAGAAGCACGACCUUGUCCGGGCCGCUUACCUUUACUACUACGCAUCUGAGACCGCAUUCAAUGACAACGCGAAGGCGCUUAAGGCGCGCCUUCAAGUGUUGAUUAAUGAUGCGCUUAUUUGCGCUCGGCAGGCCAAGUUUGAUGUUUUCAACGCGCUUACCUCUCACGACAACCCCAUGUUCCUCGAGCAGCUCAAGUUCGGUGCUGGUGACGGCCAACUUCACUUCUACCUGUACAACUACCGCACGGCCGCGGUUCCUGGAGGCAUCAACGACAAGAACCAACCCGAUGAGAAGAAGAUGGGUGGUGUGGGUAUUGUUAUGCUGUAG